AAAGGUAGAAGAGGUUCUGCAGCAGUAGCCGGCCAUAGAUGGAUCGAAUCUCAGCAGUCUCAACAGGGACCAGCUGAGAUUUUAUCCAUCUAUGGGCAGGCUGGUGGUAGUAAAGUUGAUCAAUUGAUCGAUUUCAGUACAACCAGCCUCGGAUAUAGCGAAUGCGGGGUCCGGGGAGAGCGGAUAUAGCGAAUGCGGGGUCCGGGGACAGCGGAUAUAGCGAAUGCGGGGUCCGGGGACAGCGGAUAUAGCGAAUGCGGGGUCCGGGGACAGCGGAUAUAGCGAAUGCGGGGUCCGGGGACAGCG